AUGGCUAUGCUGAGAACUAACAAUCCAAAAAAGUCAUUACCUAAUGUGUCCUGCUCGAACCAGGCGUGUCAAGUACUGUCUAUUGAUGUUGAAUGUGUAGCUACAGGAAAAUCCCAUUUGGAUCGGUCACCAUGCAGAGUAGCCAUUGUUAAUGAAAAAUGCGAAAUCAUCUUCACUUCAUUGAUCAAACCCGACAAACCUGUCGUUAGUGAUUUGUUUCCUUUCACUGGUGUACGCAAAUCACAGCUUAUUAGUGCUCCGUCGUUCGACGAAGUUAUCGAGAAAGUUCAUUCGUUUUUCACACCAUCAACUUCGAUUGUCGGUCAAUCGAUAAAGAGCGAUCUUGAAUGGAUGAAACUCAAAGAAGAUGUCCAUUACCAACAUCUCAUCGAUUUGGGUGAAGAAUUUAAGACGUUCGAUCCAAAAUAUCGCAAUGACCGGUAUUUUUCACUGGCUCACGAAGCAUAUGUAUUAUUAAACAUCGAUCUCAAUGCUAAAGGUAGCCAUAUACCUGAAGAUGAUGCCAAAGCAAGUAUCCAGUUGUACAAUAAAUAUUUAAAAAAUCGGAAUCAAUCGAACCUUGAACAGGCACGAAAAGCAUUGCUCCAAGCACCAACGAAAAUUCCGGUCUUUCGGAAAUUUAACGGUGCUUACGAAGGGGUUUGCAUAUCCGCAUUUAAUCGAGGAUACUGUCGUUGCGGAAAACCUUUGGUUAGUGAACUACACAAGCAAACAAAUGAUAAAAAACGCCGAAAUUCCGAUGACGACAAAGAAGAAAACUCAUCGACGACGACGACGACGACAAAGAAAAUGAAAGUUGUCAACGAGAGAAGCCAAAAUUUAUUACCCUUUCUAAUUAUGUCGGAGAAUACAACAGAAACAGUAGUUUCAUCAUCGACUCGAAAGAAAAUUGAGUCAUGUGGAGGCAAUGCUUGUUCUAAAUGUAACAAGUGCCAUGACUGGUUUCGCAGUGGAAAAUUUUGGCAUAGAGAACAUGAUGCAACAUGUUCUGCGACGCUUCGCACUGAUACUGAUGGUCAUCNCACUCACCCCCACCUUCAUUCCUCUUUCACACCAUCAACUUCGAUUGUCGGUCAAUCGAUAAAGAGCGAUCUUGAAUGGAUGAAACUCAAAGAAGAUGUACAUUACCAACAUCUCAUCGAUUUGGGUGAAGAAUUUAAGACGUUCGACCCAAAAUAUCGCAAUGACAGGUAUUUUUCAUUGGCUCACGAAGCAUAUGUAUUAUUAAACAUUGAUCUCAAUGCUAAGGGUAGCCAUGUACCCGAAGAUGAUGCCAAAGCAAGCAUCCAGUUGUACAAUAAAUAUUUAAAAAAUCGGAAUCCAUCGAACCUUGAACAGGCACGAAAAGCAUUGCUCCAAGCACCAACGAAAAUUCCGGUCUUUCGGAAAUUUAACGGUGCUUACGAAGGGGUUUGCAUAUCCGCAUUCAAUCGAGGAUACUGUCGUUGUGGAAAACCUUUGGUUAGUGAACUACACAAGCAAACAAAUGAUAAAAAACGUCGAAAUUCCGAUGACGACAAAGAAGAAAAUUCAUCGACGACGACGACGACGACAAAGAAAAUGAAAGUUGUCAACGAGAGAAGCCAAAAUUUAUUACCCUUUUUAAUUAUGUCGGAGAAUACAACAGAAACAGUAGUUUCAUCAUCGACUCGAAAGAAAAUUGAGUCAUGUGGAGGCAAUGCUUGUUCUAAAUGUAACAAGUGCCAUGACUGGUUUCGCAGUGGAAAAUUUUGGCAUAGAGAACAUGAUGCAACAUGUUCUGCGACGCUUCGCACUGAUACUAAUGGUCAUCCCGACGGUGGUGGUUCAACUCGAACUUAUGUUCAAGGUCAUGGUUAUGCAACCGAUUGGGAUGUCACUGGUUCUACAUGCACUCGUGAUAAUCAUGGAGGUCGAAUGGGUCCUGGUGUUUACACUGUUGUUCGUGGCACUGCGCAGACUUCGCGAAGUCAUCCAAAUUUGUGCACAUGUGAAAUCAGAUGA